UUGAGAUAUAAUGUUGUGCUAGCUAGCUCGGGUUAGCAAGCUCAGCAAGUUUGCUAGUACAGUUGUCCUGCCCGCUGGGCUGUCUAGAUGAGACUGCUGUUGCUGUCUUUGCUGCUGAUGGUGAUAAUGAUAACAAUAACGAUAACGAUGUUUAAAGAUAGACUCUGGUGAAAAAGCAGUAUAAUAUUCCCAGGACUUGGUUCGGCAGAGUAUUUUCAGCGCUUAAGGAAAGUUUCUCGUGCACAAAACAGGGACUUGGUGUAAAUAUCAUGUGAGCCGGCCGCUAAGUUUACUUACUGCAACGGCAAAUGAAAAGUAAAAGCUAAGUUAGCUGCACAUCGAGUUUCAUUUGACAUACUGGCGAAACGUCUAAAGGAUCAUAGAUAUUUUUAUAUGUAUGUAAAAUAUUAGAAGGCACAAGUCAGCAGUUCCAUUUGCUGUUAGUUGUUUUCAUAUUACUUUAGCUGUUGACCCCGUAACAUUCUUGGAAUUUACGCUUUUCUGGUUCAUUCUCAGACUAUAACUCAGUCAAAAUAUGACUUUCUUGAGGUUAAACUAAAACAUCAUUUUGAACUGGUUAGGCCACGCUAACUCCAGCCCUAAAACACAGACUGUAAAUGCUCUUAAGGAGAUCUAUAGUAGCAAUCGCAAUAAUUGCAUUGUGGAAUUAAAAUGUUGUAUUUCCUCCUAUGUCAAGUGACAGGAGAAAUUAGUGAAAGCUAGCAUUGUUUACGUUGUCAGAGUCUGCAGAGUUUUGUUGUUGUUGUUGUUUUUUGUUGUCUUUUUACUCGCCAGCAGCACCCUGUUAACAUCAAGUCUUAUCUUCAGCGAUUGUUUAGUAAUGCUUGUUUUGCAGUGAACUGUCAGUGUAAGUGUCUCUGCUUAUUACCAGUAUUUAUAAACGCUUCCCCUCAGCAUAGCUUAGCGUUAGCCGGGCAGCUAACUAAGCUGAUGACGAGGUAAAAAUGGCGGAUCUUUCGAAAUCCAACCCCGGCCUGAAAUAGUAACGCAGCCAACAAAACAGCUUGUCGCUUUUUUUCCUCGCUCUUUGCCCCAGUCAGGACCACUUCUGGGCAUUUUUAAAAUAAACGAGUGCAACUCAGCACAGUUUUCUUUUGAUGGCUUUCAUCUGGGGACGUGAAGAGAUUCAGCUCAGUCAGCUCUGCGUGUGAAUGUGGUAUGGAGUGGGUAGGGUUCAUAUGUGCGUUUCGGUGGAUUAAUGUUGAGUAGAGUGCAGCAGGACAAAGAUACGGCAGAGAUGAUCGUUGCGGCCUAGCAUCAGCUGUCUGCUUCAGUCAAAAUCAGCACAAGUCAAACGAUUAACAGAAAGCUGAGAGUUUGCAAGCAUGGAUGUAGUGUCACCAGAGCUCAACAGCCUCCUCCCUGAUGAGAUCAUGGAUACUGAGGAUAUAGAGGAUGUUCCUCACUCUCAACCUGGCACCACUGGAGUCCACUCAGAGCCCAGUGAUGAUGCAUCGGUCCCAAUGGAAACUGAUACACCCAUGGCUUCAGAGAACGUGAGCCUAUGUUCAGAUGCCGCUUUAACCGAACCCACUCAGGCUAUGACCACCUCCACGGCCACAGACUCCAUGCUUAGUGCCAGCCCCAGAAGUCCGCCUCCUGUCUCAAAUUCCAGCACAUCGUCUCCUCUUCUUACUAUCAAACCAGGCUUGGCUACUUCGACAGCCACAACCAAAACCACAGACAGUGUUACUGGAACUAGUGUGACUACAAGUGGAUUACAGAAGCUCACAACUCCAUUUACAAUCUCUCCUGCAAAUCGCCAGAUUAUUCUCAAUAAGGUGGCCUCUCAAGCCUCAGAAGCAGCAAAGUCUGCAGGUAAUCCACCUCAGGUCAUCAAGCAGGAUGGACAGAAACUUUUGGUUACAGCUAUAGGAAAAUCAGGGCAGCCUAUAGUGCUUCAGUUACCCCACACAGGCAGCAAGCCUGGUGUUUCACAGACUGCCGGGGACACCAAGUCUCAAGCUCCGCAGUUUAAAGUGGUGACUAUAGGUGGGAGGUCAGACCUGAAGCCAGUGGUGGGCAACCAGGUGACCACAUUACAGACCCAGCAGCUGAAGACUGUCCAGAUUGCCAAGAAGACACCAGCAUCCUCAGCUGCACCAAUCAAGUUUAUCAUCACAAAAACUGUUAACAGCAAAGGUAUAAGUCCCCAGACAUCAGUGCCUCCUGUGAUCACAGGACGGGUUCUGACCCAGAGUUCACCAGUGAUGCCCCCGAGGACCAUUACUCUCUCUGAGCCCCACAACACUAAUUUACAAAGUAUCCCUGGCAAAAAGAUUGCCAUUUCCCCUCUGAAGACUCCCAGCAAGGUGACUGUGGUGUCUGUGGCUUCCCCGACCUCCAGUGCUUCUCAGAAGUCUGUAGCACUGCCUGUGAAUGUAGCACUUGGCCAGCAGAUCCUUACAGUCCAGCAGUCAACAUCUGUAUCUCCAGUCAAGGUGGCCACUAGCCAAUCAACAACGCAGAACAUUAAACCUGUGGCUGUUGGAGGAGUGGGAGGUUCCCAGUUUAAAACGAUCAUACCCCUGGCCACCCAGCCCAACGUGCAGCAGAUCCAGGUGCCUGGCAGCAGGUUCCACUACGUUCGCCUCGUCACAGCAACGACAGCGAGCAGCACAGGACAGCCCAGUGGUCCCAGUACCAGCUCUAUACAGACAGCUAAACCCAUGGUGGUCAGUACAGCAGCAGUCAGGAUGUCUGUCCCAGUUGUCCCAGCACAGACCAUGAAACAGGUGGCACCUAAGCCCUUAACAUCAGGACCACAAGUAGUAACCACCACUCAGACUCAGCAACGUUUGAUCAUGCCUGCCACUCCACUCCCCCAAAUCCAGCCCAACUUCACCAACCUCCCUCCAGGCACCGUCCUGACACCAGCUCCAGGAGGAGGGAAUGUGGGUUACGCGGUUGUGCCAGCACAAUAUGUCACACAGAUCCAGCAGCCACCAUUUGUGACGCUUGCCAGCAGCUCUAGUUUUUCUGCAUCCACUGGUAUCCAGACUCAGGCCAGAUUGCCUCUUAAUGGUUUGUCAGCAGCAGAAACAACCUCAAGACCAAGAAAACCAUGUAACUGCACCAAGUCACAGUGCCUUAAACUCUACUGUGACUGUUUUGCAAAUGGAGAGUUCUGCAAUAACUGUAACUGCAAUAACUGCUUCAAUAACCUGGAACAUGAAACUGAACGUCUCAAAGCUAUAAAGACUUGUUUGGACCGAAAUCCAGAGGCCUUUAAACCUAAAAUUGGUAAAGGCAAGGAGGGAGAGUCGGACCGUCGACACAGCAAGGGCUGCAACUGCAAACGCUCAGGCUGCCUGAAGAACUACUGCGAGUGCUACGAGGCGAAGAUCAUGUGUUCGUCCAUUUGUAAAUGCAUCGGCUGCAAAAAUUUUGAGGAGAGCCCGGAGAGGAAGACGCUAAUGCAUUUGGCAGAUGCAGCAGAAGUGAGAGUUCAGCAACAAACGGCAGCCAAGACCAAACUAUCCUCACAGAUCUCAGAUUUGCUCAUGCGGACGACGCCUGUGAUUUCAAGUGGAAGUGGCAGGCUCCCAUAUACGUUUGUAACAAAGGAAGUGCUUGAAGCAACGUGCGAGUGUCUGCUGGAGCAGGCCAAAAAAGCAGAACAGACUCACCAGCCUCAAGUCGAGGCAGAGAGGAUGAUUCUGGAGGAGUUUGGACACUGCCUCAUGAGGAUAAUCAGCUCGGCAGGGAAAGCCAAAUCAGACUGUGCCUCCAUCAACUGCUAGGCCGAGGCCUGUAAAGGCUCUCCACCCUCUAACCCUCCUACCAGCUGUGGAGGCUAAGAGCAUGGAUUACUUUUUGCACUCUGUCCUAGACCCCCAGGGUUUCUGGCCUGCAGGGGAACAGGUUGUCUCCUUCAUCAAAAGGCAGAACAAUGAACUGAAGGCAGGCAGAUCCCACCCCACCCUCCCACCCCCCGCCUUAGCCAAGCUGAGGCCAGCUGGAAUAAUAAAAAACAUGGAGCAGUUGUUUGCACUGUUCACCUAUGCUAACAGAAGGAGAAAUGGACUGGCUUUGAAGAUGUUACCAUACUUGUCCACCUGAGUGUGAUGCACACAAAUGACUGAACAGGAAUACAAAUGUUCUUUCACUUGAUUUUCUUUCGUUUUUUUUCCCCCAUUUUUUUUUAUUUUUUUUUUUACAAAUUUCCCUUCCAAACCUCUAUCAAAUGUUUCCUUCACAUUUGCUGUUUUUCUUUGAGGUUUGUUUUGAGGUUUAAAAAAAUGCCUGUAAUUUUAUGUAAUCCGUAUAUUUGUGCUUUCAGUAGACAAAAAAAGAAUAUGUAUCUUUUGAUAUUUAUUUUCACAGGUAUUUGUAAUCAUUGUCAGCGCUAAUAUUGUGUGGCUUAAAAUGCUACAACAUGUUAAUUAUUAACCAAGGCUAGGCUAAAUUGUUUUAAUGAGAAAUAAGUAGAUGCAAUCUUUGGUUUUAUCCUAAAUCCAAGUGUAAGAUGAAUGCAUACACACACACAGAGUACAGAAUAGUUGUAACUUGGUUACACUGACAGAGGUUCACAUUUCUCCUGGUGCUGUUUUGUUUUCUUAGUUACAUGCUUACUGUACAUUAAAAACCAAUUACACCCACGUGA